UAUGGGGCGGCGGGAUCCACCGGGUCGGCUCCUUGUGGCCCUGUCAUCGGUGCUACUCACGUUUUGUGUCGUUGGGACUUGGGGACAUGCUGUGUCGACGGAAUCGCAAAAAGCAUGCCCCUUGAAGCAAUUCCAGUGUGACAAUGGAAAAUGCUUGCCGAUGCCAUGGGUAUGCGACGGGCACGACGACUGCACCGACAAUUCUGACGAGAGUCCCACGAAAUGUAAACCUGAAUCCUGCAAGGACACGGAAUUCAAGUGCAAAAAUGGAAAGUGUAUACCGGGGGCUUGGCACUGCGACACCGAGCCGGACUGCUUCGAUCGCUCCGACGAAGAUCCCGCCGUUUGCCGUGCCAAGAAUUGCACGGCGGAGCAAUUCACAUGUCGUUCGGGAAACGGUGAAUGCGUUGCAUUGUCUUGGAUGUGCGACGAUAGCCCAGAUUGCACUGACGGCUCUGACGAAGCUGACUGCAAUGACACGUGCAGAACAGACCAGUUUACUUGUGCCAACAAAAAGUGCAUACAGAGCAGUUGGGUCUGCGAUCAGGACGAGGAUUGCGAUGAUGGGAGUGACGAGAAGAACUGUGAAUCGGUUACUUGUCGGCCUGAUCUCGAUUUCAGCUGCUCGCCUGGCUACUGCAUAACGUCGAGAUGGCGGUGCGAUGGGGAUUAUGAUUGUCCCAAUCAUGCUGAUGAAAUUGGAUGUCCUAAUGCAGCGGUCGACCACUACUCCAGCCACUGCGCUGAUCAUGAAUUUCACUGUGGGGAUCGGCUGACUUGUAUUCAUCAGAGCUGGGUCUGUGAUAAUGAGAAGGACUGCCCCAAUGGAGCUGAUGAGACGCCCGAGAGGUGCAAGAAUGUUACGUGCAGGGCUGAUCAGUUCCAGUGCGGCGAUCAUCAGUGUAUUCCAGGGCAUUCAUACUGCGACGGUAAGCCCGACUGCCGAGACGCGAGUGAUGAGAAGAAUUGCGCAUCAAAGCCGUCCCCGUGUGAUCCGCAAACACAGUUUGAGUGCAGCGAGGGUUCCUGCAUCCCCCUGGAUCACGUAUGCAAUAAGAAGCCCGACUGCCUGGGUUGGGAGGACGAGAGUGAGGAGAGAUGUGGUGUUAACGAAUGCGAGAAGAACAACGGCGGUUGCAGCCACACAUGUAUCGACAUGCCGAUUGGUUAUCGAUGCGGCUGUCGUCCUGGCUAUCGACUUAUUGACAACAGAACGUGCGACGACAUAGACGAAUGCCUGGAGCCCGGCAGCUGUUCCCAAUUCUGUCUGAACGAGAAGGGGACCUUCAAGUGUAGCUGUGCACCAGGAUAUCUCAGAGAUCCGAAGAAUUUGACUCGCUGCAAAGCUGCUGAGGGCCACGCUAGCUUACUAUUCGCGAGAAGACACGACAUUCGCAAAGUAGCGCUCGAUCGUCAAGAGAUGACAGCCAUCGUCAACAAUACGAAGAUGGCAACAGCCCUUGACUUCGUCUUCCGCACGGGCAUGAUAUUCUGGAGUGACGUCAACGAUAAGAAGAUCUACAAGGCACCCAUUGACGAGGGCAACCAGAGGUCUGUGGUAAUCGACAAGGACCUCACCACCACCGACGGCUUGGCCGUUGAUUGGAUUUAUAAUCACAUUUACUGGACUGACGCCGAGAAGAAUACCAUCGAACUCUCUAAUUUCGACGGCAACAUGAGGAAAACUCUCAUUAGGGAUCAGGUGCAGGAGCCCAGGGCCAUUGCACUUAAUCCACUUGAGGGCUGGAUGUUCUGGACUGAUUGGGGGGAGGAGGCCAGGAUCGAGAGGGCUGGCAUGGAUGGAUCUCAUCGAUCGGUAAUUGUGGGUACCGAAGUAUCCUGGCCAAACGGUCUGACCCUGGAUUUAAUAGGGAAACGAGUGUACUGGGUUGAUGCAAAACUCCACAUUAUAGCGUCGUGCAAUUACGAUGGUACUGGCAGACGUACAGUUCAUUAUUCCUUGGAAACUCUGAGACAUCCUUUCAGUAUAACGACAUUCGAGGAUUACGUGUACUGGUCAGACUGGGACAAACAAACUAUAUUCAAAGCUAACAAAUUUACGGGACAGGAAUUAAAAGCCGUUACACCGCUGAGAUCCCUCCAGCAUCCAAUGGUCGUGCACGUUUAUCAUCCCUACAGACAGCCUGAUGGAACUAAUCAGUGUCAGGCGGUUAAUGGUCACUGCAGCCACUUCUGUCUGCCCGCACCGAGGAUAAAUAUACGAUCUCCAUUGUUAAGUUGCGCAUGUCCUGAUGGCCUUGUACUGUCCGAGGGCCUCACAUGUGUCGAAAACGUAACAACAACUGUGGCACCGACGACCCAUACGUCCGCGAGGCCAUUUAGGAGAAUUGAUCUUGAUAUAGCAACGACCAGUGGACCGACGAAUAUUUCCAACAUGAAUGGAGGAAGUAAUCUCGGAAAAGAGCCAACUGAUCCUGGACUUGUAGCUGGCAUCGUCAUAGGUGUUGUCACACUGGGUCUCUUGCUACUUGCACUUGUAGCAGUAUUAUUAUACAGGCAUUACCUACAUCGUAAUGUUACCAGCAUGAACUUUGAUAAUCCAGUUUAUAGAAAAACCACAGAGGAUCAAUUCAGUCUUGAGAAGAAUAGAUUUCCCCUUCCAGCUGCGACAGUAGGAGAGGAGGCACAAGAACCACUCACAAGCCCUGGCACCAAUGACUACGUUUAAGUGUUUAAAACACUGACAAAGUUGGGCUUUUAGCGGGCUAAUAAGCAUCAAAGGAUUGGAUACAUUUUUAAACCCAUGAAAAAUGUACACGUCCCAAGUUGUGGCAGUGUGUGCCAGGCCGCAAAAGUGCCCGCCUACUGCCUGCCAAUUAAGCUGUGAUUAUGUUUAAGUUUCUUCUCUUCGUUUUUCUCGAAUCUUACUAUGUACCAAUAGAAUCUGUUUUUUAAAAUUAUCUUUUCAAGAACUGGAAUUAAUGCAUCUCACCGUAGCUACGAAACCGUAAGAGCACAAAAUUACGUAUCAAUCAUGGAAAUUUUUCUCUAUUUCUUUUCUCACGUUAUCCGUAAAGUGGCAUCAACAUUUUUCAAUAAAUAUCGGUGGAACAUAGUUCUCAGAUGAAAAUGCCAAAAUAAUUUUACGAGAUAAAAGUAUUUAUCCAAUUAAUUAAAAAUAACAGAAGUACUUUAGUGUCGUACUGUCCUCCUACGUCAGUAAUAGUGUUCCCUUCAAUGCAACUAAUUGGUGGGGUUUGGAUAAUUGUCGAGUCGAGCAGUAAUGUCGUCUCGUUAUUUUUAAACCUCAAUCUCGAAUCAUUAGCAGAGUAAACCGAUUGGUUUAAAAUACUUAAAUAAAUAAAAAAAAUUAAAAAAUCUCGAAUCAUUCACCAAAUUGGGGGGUCGCGUGAGAUUUAAACGAAACUUAAUUAAAAAACCUAGCAUUUACUCGAAGGAAUUCUAUUAAAUUUGUAAAGAUUCUCUUAGUAUUUUAUUCAAAAAUACUAAUCGUUUUUUGCGUCAAUUCUAUUGGAAUUUAUGCACGUGCGAAUUUUCAACAGAGAAUUUUGAUGGAAAAAAGUCAAAACAUUUGGAUUUUUCUGUACGAACUAUUCUUUUGAGAUUUUUCUAAACAAAUUCUCGGACAUCAAUUUUCAAAGGUUUUUUUCCAAUAAUUUUUGCCAUGAAAAAUCUUAAGAGAAUUUUUUGUACAGAAAAAUUAAACUUUAUUCACUUUUUUCUAUCAAAUAAAUUAGAUGGAGAUGUGUAGAGAAAACUAGGUUUUUCUAUUGAAUUUUUUCAUACGUUAUAUGAAAACUUUUUCAUUUUCUCGAAGGAAUUCUAUUAAAUUUGUGCAGAUUCUGGCACUCUCUUAGUAUUUCGUUCAAAAAUACUAAUUGUUUUUGCGCUAAUUAUAUUGGAAUUUAUGCACGUGCGAAUUUUCAACAGAUAAUUGUAAUGGAAAAAAGUCAAAACAUUUGGAUUUUUCUGUAUGAAUUAUUCUCUUGAGAUUUUUCUAAAAAAAAUCUGAGACAUCAAUUUUCAAAGGUUUUUCCCAGUAAUUUUUGUCAUAAAAAAUGUCAAAAGAAUUGUUUCUACAGAAAAAUUCAAAUUUAUUCACUUUUUCAUAUCAAAUAAAUUAGAUAGAGAUGUGUUGAGAAAACACUAGGUUUUUCUAUUGAUUUUUUUUCAUACGUCAUAUGAAAACUGAACGAAAAACACCAGAUGAUUUUUUUUUAAUCCAUAAAUAAUGAAAUUUAUCUAAAUAAAUUGAAUAUAAUCUGUUUGUAAUCAGUUUUCGAAAUAAAAAAAAAUUAUCCGAUGUUUUUCAUCCAUUUUCCGUACUCGGGAAGAAUCUGCAAAAACCCAAUUGACGGGGAAAAUAAUUUUACUCACCUGAGAUGCCCAAUUUUUCUAUGAAAGUAAACCCUAAAUUCUUUAUUGAAUGAAAAAAAAAACGAAUUCUGCUCGACUCGAUAGCUUCACGUUCCUAGAAAACGCCGCCCUGUUUUUUUAGACUAAAGAGUGCGUGUGACGUCAGAAUAAAAAAUUGUACAUACAUCUCUAUCAGUAAAGAGGAAUAUAAUUUUCAUCGACUCAUAUUUAUGUUCACAAUCAGUGUAUAUAUGAAUUUCCGAUAUCAGCGGAUUAGUACCUCGAUUUGAUAAUAAUCGAGACGAUAAUUUGUAGAAUUACUGGCUCCAAACCAACACCACGAGAAUGGAUAUAAUUACGAAGAUAAUUGCUACUAAUACUCGAGGGAGAAGUUUGUUUUUUAUGUUGAUCAUAAAAACAAUUGCUUAGGGUAGUGGAAGACUAAGUUAUUCAAUAAUUUGUGUUGGUAGUUGUUCAUGUUAAAAUCGGGUACUUCAACACUGACACAGCAUUUACUUGACAAAAUGAUUUAUUACGUACAAUGGAGUCUCUUUAUUUUUUGACGGAUAUUUUUGAAUAUUUUUUUUGGUUUUUGCUGAAUUGCCCACAACAAAUUGAACAUUUACACGUUUGAAUUAUACAAUGCGGAAUUCAGAUUGCGCAAUAGUUAAUUGGGGUUGCACAUCACAAUUUAGGGAUUUCAGGGGAAAAUGACAAGAGGUAUUUUCUUGAGUUGAGGGAAUUUGCAACAAAAAUUGUCAAUAUUUUUAUUUCAAAAAAAUUUUUGAUAGUUUAAUAUUUGUUGCUUUAGAAAAUGCUAAUUUGAGGCACUGCAGAAACUACUGUAUCAUCCCAAUUACACAUUGCGCAAUCUGAAUUCCACCUCGACAAUUUUAACUUAUAAAUGUUUAAUUUAUUGUGGACAAUUGGAAGCCCUUGAGUUAUAACAUAUCAAUUCAGUGGCUUCAGGAGAAAAUUAAAGAUAAUCUUCUCGACCUGAGAGAAUUCCCAGCAAAAAAUGUUGAUAUUUCAAUUUCACGGAUGUCCUUGAUAAUUUGAUAUUGACCAAUUACAGAAACUGGUGAUUUAAGGGGAAAAUAGAACAGAUUUUUUUUCUGAAACUGCACUCAUUCACCUGUAGAAAUUACAAUGUUCCAUCUCUAAUGUAUGUUUAUAAUUCAAGCGUGUGCAAUUCAAGAAAAGCACAAGAUCCAUAAAACCCAGGUCCAAAAAGCCAUUUUUUCCCUUCGAAUUCAUCAUCAUUUACAAAUUUGAAAUAACAAAAAUAAAAAAAUUAUAAAAUUAAUCAGUAAUUACGUUUUCCCACUUCAAUUUAACGGUAUGAGAAUUUAAUUCUGCAGACAAAAUCUUGCAAAACAACAUAUAUCCAAAAAUGAAAAAACUCCAUUCUGUGCAAUCGCUCAUUUAAUCACAAAAUUGCUGUUGCAGUCUUAAAGUACUCCUUCUAAAACGAUUAAUUCCUCAAUGAUGUUUAGUUAUCAUUACCAUAGGAUUUAUAGAAUAAAUUAACGACUAAAAACCAACUAGAUAUAAUUAAGAGCAGCUCAAUGACACUAACACUGAAAUGUAUAAUGUGACAAUGCGUCUGUUAAUGAAAAAAAAAACGGUAAAGCGGAGAGCAAUUAUUUAGGUAAACCUGUGUUAACUAUAACUGAUAAAUCAGUGUACAAGAGAUAUGUAUAGAAAUAUUGUACCAGAUCUAAGUAUAUUCGCUUAUAUAUUAUAAUUAUUGUAUUAAAAUCAUGAAAAUCCAUA